CACUCAUAUAUAUAUAUAUAUAAUAUUUUGAUUUUAAAUGGAGUAAUUAAAUCCUUUGUAGCUUUGGCAAUGGGGCUGGAAACUUGGAACAUUGCAGCUGGAGCAAUAUACUUUAAUUUCUCGGGAAUUGAGUUUCCAAAACUACUCUUCUUUUUCCCUGCAUAUAAAAUCCAUGACUGUUUAGUACAUUUCUGGAUUGGUGGGUAAGAAAAAUAUGUGCACUCUGCUUUUGUCUGCGAGCAUCCUCUUAACUAGGGACAAAGUGUCCGAGCCAGGAAUUGUCCUAAUGAUUGUUGAAGAAAAUCGAGGACAAAGAACAAUCCAUAAGAAUAUAAUCUCUACGUACAGCAAAAUAAAUGUAUAGCUAGGCCAGCCACCUUGACAUUUGAGAAAAAAUAGAGUUCUAAUCUAACCUGAGCUUAGUAUAUACUAGCAUUUUGCUGUCUCCUAAAAACCAAAGUUGAGUACAAACCAGGAACCCUCCAACCCAAAACAUAACAUAAUCUCUCAAGUUUCAAACAUUGAUUCAAGGGAGAGAAUGUGAAUGUUAAGGCUAAGACUAGAGCCAAGUGCCAACCAAACAAGUGCCAACCAGACAAGAAGGUGAGGACAAUAGGGGAAGCAACUUGGCCAGGAAGAAAACUUAGAAGAGUUUGGUCAAGUGAAUUGCAAGAUUUUGGGGGCAGUUACAUGGAAGAGAGGGGUAUGUACGGGAUUCGGUUUUGGUCAUCUAGCUAGAGUUUUAGUAUGUGAAGUGAUUAGUGUUUGUGAUUUAUAAACUAUUUGAUGAUAGGGGAGUGUGGGGAGAAAAAAGGGAGGAAAGCAUGCUGCAUGCCCUAGGGAAGGGUACAUUUUGGCAAUAGAAUAGAGUAAAUAUUAUAUGUCAAAUUGAUGUAUGGGAUAAUGUAAUAGUAUAGAAAAGGAAAAAGUAACAGGAAUUUUGGCAGAGUUUGGAGAGGGAUUAGGAGGCAAGGAAUGUGAAUGGCUUGUGCUUGGGUUUUGGUGGGUUUGAUGAUGGUGAUGCACGCCGGCAGCUUUACUCUUCCAGCUCUCUCUAACCCAAUUGUCACGCCUGCUCCCACUAAAACGUAUUCUAACAUUUUCCUCCCUCCCUUUCUCUCUCUCUCUCGAAUGAAAAGCUAUCCCACUAAACCCAUUUGUUGAUAUCGACCUUAUCUUUUUCUCAAUCUCUUUCAUCUUUUGUCAGACAAAUUCUAUUCCUAUAAACACCAGCUAGCUACUCCAUACCACCUUCCAGGUUUUAACAGAAAGCCCCAUAUUAGUCAAUUCCCUAAAAGUAUAAACUACAAGAAAAAAACCUCCGGCCUCUAACCCCACCUCCAAUUUUCUCAUUGAUUACACAAAAAGAAGGCCAUUUUUUACUCACAUUUCGAUUCCCAUUCCCUUUCUUUCUUUUUCUUUUUUUCCCUUCUAAUUGUGCUUAAAAAACCCAAUUAGAAAAAUCAAGAUUUAAGGUCCCGUCGUUUAAUCAUUUCUCUAUAUCCCAAUAUUCUUGUACUGUUAAAAACAGAAACUCACCCAUCUCUUCCAACACCUCCCCCAACACCCCCCCAACAGCCUCAAUCCAAAGUUUAUUGAUGUGGGUCUCUUGUUACUUGGUAUUAGAUGGAUACCUUAUUUAGACUUGUGAGUCUCCAAUCAUCCGAUCAAUCUUUCAACUCUAGCAGAACUUCUAGCAGCUCUAGAUCCUCUAGACAAAACCAUCACUACCAACAACAAGACGAAGAAUGCUUCAACUUUUUCAUGGAUGAAGACGACUUCUCUUCGUCUUCUUCUAAACACUACUAUCCUUAUCAUCAUCAACAACAGCAACAAUACCAACCCCACCCUUCCAUCACCACCACAACUCCCACAACCACCACUACAAACACUUCUACCCCCACCACUCACCAUGCUUUUGAGACUUCUGACUUCUCUUCUUUCUCCCCUGCUCGUGACCUAAACUUCGAUUUCUCAGGAAAGUGGGCUACCGAUACUCUCCUGGAAACAGCAACCGCUAUUGCUGAUCGAAACAGUGGCCGCGUCCAACAACUCAUGUGGAUGCUCAACGAGCUUAGCUCACCCUACGGUGACACCGACCAAAAACUCGGUUCUUAUUUUCUUCAAGCCUUGUUUAGCCGCAUGACUGACUCUGGUGAGCGUUGUUAUCGAACGUUAGCCUCAGUAUCUGAGAAAACCUCUUCUUUUGAGUCAACAAGGAAGAUGGUAUUAAAGUUUCAAGAGGUAAGUCCUUGGACUACUUUUGGUCACGUUGCUUCUAAUGGUGCAAUCAUGGAAGCUUUCGAAGGUGAAAGCAAAUUACAUAUAAUUGAUAUCAGCAACACUUAUUGCACCCAAUGGCCUACUUUGCUUGAAGCCCUAGCUACCCGUACCGAUGAAACCCCACAUUUAAGGUUAACCACUAUCGUUGCUAGCAAAAACGGUGGCGUUUCGGGUGCAUCAGGAGCUGUAGAAGGCUUAGGUGCAGUUCAAAAGGUAAUGAAAGAAAUAGGAAACAGAAUGGAAAAGUUUGCUAGGCUUAUGGGAGUUCCUUUUAAAUUCAAUAUAAUACACCAUGCUGGCGAUUUAUGUAACAUAGAUUUAUCAGAACUUGAUAUCAAAGAGGAUGAAGCCUUAGCCAUCAACUGUGUUGGCACAUUACAUUCGAUUAGAGCCGUUGAUAAUCGUAGAGAUAUCAUGAUAUCGAAUUUCAGGAGAUUGCAGCCAAGGAUUAUAACAGUCGUCGAAGAAGAAGCCGAUCUUGACAUUGGGGUUGAUGGACUGGAGUUCGUUAAAGGUUUCCAAGAAUGUUUAAGGUGGUUUAGGGUUUACUUUGAAGCCUUGGAUGAGAGUUUUGCGAGAACAAGCAAUGAAAGGUUGAUGCUGGAACGAGCAGCUGGUCGAGCCAUAGUUGAUUUGGUGGCUUGUCCGCCCUCCGAGUCCAUCGAGAGGCGCGAGUCAGCCACCCGCUGGUCCAGACGGUUCCACGCAAGUGGGUUUAACCCUGCUGUUUUGAGUGAUGAAGUCAGUGAUGAUGUACGCGCUUUGUUGAGAAGGUACAAGGAAGGCUGGUCAAUGGCACAGUGUCCUGACGCUGGUAUAUUCUUGUCUUGGAAAGAUCAGCCGGUGGUUUGGGCCAGUGCAUGGCGGCCUUGACGACGGGACUGAUUCACACGUGUGUUAUGUUUUUCUCGCACGUGUAAUGGGGAUUGGUAUUAUAUAUGGGGUUGGUUAAACUAAUUUGUGCUUUUGGAGGAGAAAAAAGGGGAUUGAAAGAAUGGGGAGUGCCACGAAUUUGCUCUUGAUUUGAUAGGAUUGGAAGCAAAUUGGUUUUCACUAAUUAUAAUUAAUCUUCCUUUUUAGUUUUUACCACUUUGUGACUAUUUUUGAUUGUAUGAAAAAAAGGGUUAUGGGUUUUUGACAAUCAUCAAAUUCAUAGGUUUAAUUUGCUUCAUUUACUUAAACAAAUUAGCAACAAACAAACAAAAUUG